GAGUGGUUCACUGAGCUGUGAAGACAGAUUCCAGAAGCAGAGAACCCACGUCACCAAUUCCAGACAAGAUGUCCAGCAAAGGCUCAGUGGUUCUGGCCUACAGUGGUGGCCUGGACACUUCCUGCAUCCUCGUGUGGCUGAAGGAACAAGGCUAUGACGUCAUUGCCUACCUGGCCAACAUCGGCCAGAAGGAAGACUUUGAGGAAGCCAGGAAGAAGGCACUGAAGCUUGGGGCCAAAAAGGUGUUCAUCGAGGAUGUCAGCAAGGAGUUUGUGGAGGAAUUCAUCUGGCCUGCUGUCCAGUCCAGUGCGCUCUACGAGGACCGCUACCUCCUGGGCACCUCUCUUGCCAGGCCAUGCAUCGCCCGCAAACAGGUGGAAAUCGCCCAGCGAGAGGGAGCCAAGUAUGUGUCUCAUGGUGCCACAGGAAAGGGCAACGAUCAGGUCCGAUUUGAGCUCACCUGCUACUCACUGGCCCCCCAGAUUAAGGUUAUUGCCCCCUGGAGGAUGCCGGAGUUCUACAACCGAUUCAAGGGCCGCAAUGACCUGAUGGAAUAUGCAAAGCAACAUGGAAUCCCUGUCCCAGUCACCCCCAAGAACCCGUGGAGCAUGGACGAGAACCUCAUGCACAUCAGCUAUGAGGCUGGAAUCCUGGAGAAUCCCAAGAACCAAGCACCUCCAGGUCUCUACACAAAGACCCAGGACCCAGCCAAAGCCCCCAACAGCCCUGACAUCCUUGAGAUCCAGUUCAAGAAAGGAGUCCCCGUGCAGGUGACCAACGUCAAGGAUGGCACCACCCACCGCACGUCCUUGGAGCUCUUCAUGUACCUCAAUGAAGUUGCGGGCAGGCAUGGCGUGGGCCGCAUCGAUAUCGUGGAGAACCGCUUCAUCGGAAUGAAGUCUCGAGGUAUCUACGAGACCCCAGCGGGGACGAUCCUUUACCACGCUCAUUUAGACAUUGAGGCCUUCACGAUGGAUCGGGAAGUGCGCAAAAUCAAACAAGGCCUGGGCUUGAAAUUUGCCGAGCUGGUGUACACCGGUUUCUGGCACAGCCCUGAGUGUGAGUUUGUCCGUCACUGCAUCGCCAAGUCCCAGGAACGUGUGGAAGGGAAGGUGCAGGUAUCUGUCUUCAAGGGCCAGGUGUACAUCCUCGGCCGGGAGUCCCCACUAUCGCUCUACAAUGAGGAGUUGGUGAGCAUGAACGUGCAAGGCGAUUACGAGCCCAUCGAUGCCACUGGUUUCAUCAACAUCAACUCUCUUAGGCUGAAGGAAUAUCAUCGUCUCCAGAGCAAGGUCACUGCCAAAUAGACUGGCUGACAAUGAGGAGCUGGGCCUCCUCACUUUGCCAAUUUCCCAAGUACAGGCGCUAAUUGUUGUGAUAAUUUGUAAUUGUGAUUUGUUCUCCGUGGCUAGCAACAUCUUGGGGGCGCCAGACCCCAGCUUUGUUCCCUGUUCCCCCCUAGCCUGUAAAAGUGAUCAGCAAAAGGAAGAGUAGGGGCUGGCUACAGUAGGGAGCUGUAAAAUGACAAUUAAAAAGAAAAAAAAAAAAAGAUACAUUAGUCUUUUGUUUCU